GAAUAUUUGUCAAAAUAACAUCACUCAAUAGGUACUGUCAAAUUUUGAAUUUUGAAUAAAGUAUGUGUUAUUAAUAUUUGUAUUACACCCCCUAAUAAAUGACGAUUUUAAAAUAAUUUCUGUUAGUUUAUACCAUUGAGCUACCCAACAAGUAUUCUAUUAUAAUUUCAAAACAGUGAAAUAAACCAUUUCUUUUAUAAUUGUGUGAAAUAAACUAUGGCAGUGACAAAAACAUUAGCUGAUACAACUGUUGCUGGAAAAGAAAAUUCAGAUGAACAGACCCUUAUAGUUAAAUUAUUCAAGUCUCUAUUUAAUGUACCACCAAUUAUUUCAAAUAAUAAUGAUGUUAUUAAUAUAAUUAAUAAUACACAAGAACAAGUUAUUAAAAAAGGCAUGAUUGAUCCAGAAUCGCAAAAAUCUUUAAUCAGCUAUUAUGAAACAGCUGAUAUAGAAACUGUUAGAGAAGAAGAAGUAAUUAGAAAAAUGUUAGAAAUAAUAUAUGAAGUUCGAAACAUAAGACAUCAAAAAAUUAAAUCACUUCUGCAGUCUCAAAGAAGUUCAACAUUUCUUAAAUUGUUACAAGUAACAGCAAUGAGGAUACCAGUGUGGUUUCCAAAACAUGAUGAACAACCACCUCCAUUGUGUGGUGCUAUUGAGCCACUUCCUUCAUAUGUUGCCAAAAGUGGGGAUUUAGUGGCAGCACUUGUUAAACAAUCUGGAGAAGAGCGAUGGAUUGUAGCAGAAGCAGUUGCAUUUAAAAAUGGAAAAUACGAAGUGGAAGAUAUUGAUGUGAAAGAAAUUAACCGUAAUUUUACAUUAGAAAAAAUAUAUGUGAAGCCAUUACCACUUAUGAGAGCUGAUCCAGUCACAUGUCCAGAUGCAUUCUUUCCCUGCAAUCAAUUUGUUUUAGCUAUGUAUCCACAAACUACUUGUUUCUUCAAAGCUCUAGUGAAAGCUCCACCUAAAACAAGUUAUGACGGAUAUGAAGUUUUAUUUGAAGAUGAUUUCAAUCAAUAUACCAUAAUGAUGGUUGUAUCCCAAAGAUUUGUUGUUUCAUUUCCAUCACAAGAAAUUCUUCAUAAAGAUGAUGAAAUGAUAGUAGAAUAUUAAUUUUAUAUAAAAUUAGCUUAUCAGUUUAUAUUUAUCUAUUAUAAAAUAUAUACAGCGUUUUGUAUAGAUUUUCUAUUAAUAAAAUUGUAUCUCAUUGGAUAAUA